AUGGAUUAUGGGCAAUUGGGUGAUGUUGUGACUUUCGACACUACUUACAAGUUAAAUAGUGCACAUAGACCAUUUGUGUCUUUUGUUAGAUUUAACCAUCAUAGGGAAAUUGUGAUAUUUGGUGCAGCUUUGAUGUAUGAUGAGACCUCUGAUUCUUUUGUAUGGAUUUUUACAAGAUUCUUGGAGACAAUGUCAAGUAAGGCUCCAAAAAUAAUUUUUAUGGAUCAGGAUGCUGCAAUGGCUAACGCCAUACCUAUUGUCGUGCCUAACACAACCCACCGCCUUUGCACUUGGCAUUUGAUGCAAAAUGCAUUAAGGCAUGCAAAUUCUAUCUUCAAGGGUAAGGAAAUGAAGGAUAAGCGGAUGAAGAGUGUUUUAUCCACGUUUAUGUAUAACAUUGAGGAUGAGGAAGAGUUUACGUUAAAAUGGGAGGAAAUGCUUGACAAGUAUGAAGUAAGAGAUAACCAUGGGCUGAAGUUAACAUUUGGGGUCAAGGAAAAAUGGGGUUGGCCAUAUGUUAGAAAUGCAUGGGGUGCGGGCAUGAGUAGCACCCAACUUAGUGAAUCCUUUAAUGCUUUCUUGAAGGAUUUCAUUCAGUCUAAUCAUAACUUAAUGCAAUUUUUCAUGCAUUUUGAUCGAGUUCUGUCUGAGAAGAGGUACAAAGAGUUACAAGCCGAAUAUACUCUAUGCCAAAAGUUGCCAAGGGUGAAUAUUAAAGUGAAGAUUACGGAGCAAGCUGCCGAUGUUUACACAAAUAAAAUUUUUGAAGAAUUUCAGGAUGAGUAUGUCAAGUCCCUUGAAGUAAACAUUGAAGAAAUUGAAAAUGAUGGUGAGAGUACCGUUUAUACGGUUCUUGACAGUGAUGGUAUAAAGGUGAGGAAUGUGAGGCAGGAAUGUGAUGAUUCAGUCACUUGCAAUUGUAGGAAGUUUGAAAUGAAGGGCAUUUUGUGUAGUCAUUGCUUGAAGAUCCUUAGAGAAAGACUCAAAUUCAAAGAGAUUCCUUCACAAUAUAUUCUGAAGAGAUGGACUAAAAAAGCAAGAUCUGAAAAUGUGAAAGACAGAUGUGGGCAUGAUAUUCAGGUUGAUGUAAGAUUGCAUCAAGCUUCACGUUAUAGGUCAUUGAUGGCAAUAUUCAGAUCAGUAGCGUGUAGAGCUUUUGAAAGUGAGGAAACAUAUAAUUUGACGGUCGAGAAAGCGGAUGAAUUAAUUGCAGACAUUGAAACCAUGUUAAGCGCAAAAUUCAAUAUGCCUUGUUCAGAUACUAUUCAACAAGAAAGCCCUCCCAACACAUGCCCCGAAAGCUUUGAAGUGGAUAGUGUAGCGGAUAAAAAUGUAGUUCAAGCAAAAGGACUCAAGAGAAGAGAGUGCACUAGCAAGGGACGAAGGUACUAUGGUUGUGGUCGUGGCCGUGGCCGUGGGCAUGGGGAUGUGGAUCACACGUCAACAUCUUAG